GUUGUGUGUGCGUGUUUGUGUGGGUUCCAUGUUGGCUUAUUUUUGGAUUCACUAAGAAAGUGAGUGAACUUGUUAAAGGUUGACGCUGGACUUUCCUGCUCAUGCUUCAUUGCUGCUUUUCCAGCGUGUUAUAUUGGAUACCUUAUAAGGAAGUGUCCUUUCUUACUCUCCUGACCUACCUCUACUGAUGUUCAGAAGAUACUCUUCUCAGUACAUCUUCUUUAAUCUGUAAUCGUUUAUUUUUUCCAUGAUGAUUCACUUAGCGGUUUUGUAUCUGUCAUCCAAGCCACCAUUUUUCCUCAGCAUUCUUUUCAAGAGAAGGAUAAUUGGCACCUUUUCCUCCUAAAGACGUUGUAUGUCUAGUUUCUGGUCCCAUUCUGGACAUUUUAAUAGUUUUUCUUUCAAUUCCUAACUAGCCAUUUCCUCUGUUUUUGCUCUACUCUUAAUCUUGAAUUGAAGAAAAGCCCAAAUCGAGUUAGACCACAGACUGGACCCUGCUCGGCUUCCUUGGUAGUUUUAUAUUUUCUCAAAAUGUGGUCAACGUUUUUUGUGACUGACGAGGAGGGCCGCACUGUAGGCCCAGGGACCCCCGGAGUGGCUGGCGGGCCUGUACCAGGAGGACCAGCCCAGGGUGCAGGGGGUCUGGCCAGCCUGAUGAGUGGACGCAGUACAUUUGGUGGGAACAAGCGCCGCAGGACAACAUCAACAGGACAUGCCAUGAGUGAGGCCCAGGAGGGAAAGAUCAAAUUAGCAUUCUUUGUCGCCAUUGUUGGUGUAGUCCUGACAGUCCUCGGGGUCGGGACUGAGUUCUGGGUGGAGCUGGCACCGCCGAAGAGUUUCUAUAACAAUCAGACUUGUCUGACAGCCCACUAUGGGCUGUGGAAGGGCUGCACCAAGACCCUGUGGGUGUCUGAUAUUGACCCAGAGAGAGAGAGCUGCGGACCUGCUGAACUGGCUGGAGAAUCAAACUGCACGUACUUCAAGUUUUUUACUACAGGGGAAAAUGCUGUGAUGUUUCAGAAGACGACACAGAAAAAUCUGAAUGUGGCAGCAGCAAUGUUGGCCCUAUUCAGCCUGUUUCUGAUGGUGAUGGGCGCCAUCUGCAUCACUAUGGCUCUCAGUAAGGAGAUCCUGUUUUUCCUUAAACCAGCAUCUGUAUGCUUCAUUCUGUCAGGUGUUCUGGUGCUCCUGUCCCUCUUGGUUUUCCACCAGUCUGUUUUGGCUUUUCUUGCCAGCAAUCACACAGUUCCUCUCCACCAUGAGCUCUCCUGGUCAGUAUCGUGUAUUGGCUGUGCGGGGGCUGUCCUCAUCGUGGGUGGGAUCCUCUUCCUGCUGUUGGCGUUGCCCUACAGCCCCUGGCAGAAGUGCCUCCCUCACAAGGACAGCAGUAGCUAGUGGACUGGAGGUGAUGGUGCAUUUUAUCUGCCCCUCUUGUAAGGGGGAGGGUGCAGAGAAGUGAGGAGGUUUCCCAGAGAUGUCUUACCAAAGAGAUAGCUUUUUCUGUUGACUUAGAGCAAUUUUGUUAAAAGAGUCGCUGGUUUUACUUUAGUUACUGCAUUUACCAAAAUAUGCCAUUAUCGUAUCCUAAUUUAGUAAAAAAUAGCUUUAAUUUCUUUCUGUUGCACAACAAGCCAUUAAUUUACAAAGAAUGUGGUGACCUUAUUGCUCAGAUGUGUGUGGGAAACACUUCUGUAUUGUCUUACUAAUGAUCUUGCAGGGUUUAGAGGCUAUUGUUGUUAAUAAUUCAAAAAUGAUUUAAAAAAAAGAAAAGAAAAAUUUUGUUCCUUCCAACUUUUUUUUUUUAAUAUUCAUGAUUUUCAUCCCUCUACUUAAACUCACUACUUAUUUAAGAAUUUGCUGAAAUGCCAAUUAAAAUAUCUGCCACCUUCACUGCUAACAUUUUUAUGAUGCUCGACACAUAUUAAAAUGCUUUCCAGUUAAUUUCUCUCCUUAUUUAUUAUUCACACAGCUAAUUCACCCAUUAGCUAAUAAGCUUUUAAAAUGACUUUUGUUCUGUGUGUUUACUCUGAGAAAGGUUCUGCUCAUAGAUGCACAAUUGCACAAGCCGAGAGCAUUCAGCAGUUAAAUGUUGUGUUAAUGUCACUCUUGUUUUACCCCAAAUACAUUUACUGUGGCUACGCUUCGAUAGCUUUCUCAUUUUCUUUUAAAAAGCUGCCUUUCUGCUCAGGUAACGAUGUGACCACACCAUCAUCAGAACUGUGUGCUGACUGCCAAUUUGAGAAAGUCAUAAAGUUUAUUUUUAGUGAUGUGUGAAAAAAAAACAACCCUGAUUGCCUUUUCUCCCGCAGAGCUCCUUUAUUAUUGCUAUGAUGUUUUUUGUUGAUCCUUUGUGUAUAUUGAGAUUAUUUCGAAUUACCUGCAUAACCAUGUAUGAGCCCGUCUUCUUGAAAUUACAAUUAUAUGCAUUUAAUUCAAAACAAAAUCACUUUUGUAAAUUUAAAAAGAAAAAGCUGCUAAAUUGUGUAUUUACUGACAAAAACUUGUCAGUAAAAUAUAAUUGUUACUGGGCUGUAUCCCUCUGAAUUGGAUAAGCAGAAGAAAAUGGACGGUACAUGCUUUUAAAAUGGUUUUCAGUUAUAUUUUUUAAAAGCCAAAAAGGGAUCAUGUUGCGGGUUAGCCAUGAAGCUUCUGCAGCACUAAAUAAUGCUGAUAUGAUUCAAUAUCACUAUUGCUACUUGGUUCACUGGAAAACAUUAGAAUUUCUGCAGUAAUCAGAAAUGGAAAUUAUAAUAAGAUCAAAGCUUGUUUGAGUAUAUUUUCAAGGUCAUAUAUGAGCUUACAAAACUUUCCAUAUAUUUGGCUGAUAAAAUAAAUGAUCACAAUUCACUGUGUUCAACGUAUAAAUAUAACUUCAAGGAGACAGGUCCAUCCUGUUGUAAUAUUGUACCAGUACAUAUACAUGUAUUUAUAUAUAUAUUUGGCUGUUAUAAAUGUAGCGUAACACUCCUGUCUUGUCAUCUUCAUCACAUGCAGAUACAAGAACACUGUAAGAACAGUAUUGGUUUGACAUUUUAAAUGUAAGUACAGAGGGGACUACACAGUCCUGCAGAAGCUGCACUGUGUUAAUCAGCUGCCAGGUUUUUACCUUCAAGGUUUUUCUCGGAUGAUUUCUGUUAAAACAAAGUGCUUCUCUGCCUGAAUGAAGGGUGAACUGUCGCUGCAACUUUUUUGAACUGAAUCGACUGAGUAUGAAUGAGUUCAUUUCAUUAUUAAACAUCACAUGAAUAUUUAAUGUCAUCCUCUAUCAGGUUCCAUUUUUCUCCUAUUCUGCACUCUCAACACGUUCUUGGCUUACAGUCGCUGCCUCCACUAUCGCUGCUUUUAUGAACUGUCCCACUUUACACCUCAUAACUGAACUGUUAACUACAUGCUCUAUUUCAUACUUUUUCUUUGGGUUCUGUUCAUUGGAAUCUCAUCAGAUUAAAAUGCUGUGUAAUAUUGCAGAAGUAUUAUUCUGUAUUUUGAAUAAAAAACAUGCUUUGAGAUUAAAA